AUGACAGAUUCAGCUAAGAUAGAUGUUGUAGAUGUUAUUCAUCCUGGAAAGGGAUCAGUUCCAAAAACAGAAAUCCGAGAAAAAUUAGCUAAAUUGUACAAAACUACACCAGAUGUCAUAUUUUGUUUUGGUUUUAGGACGCAGUUUGGUGGCGGCAAAUCUUCCGGUUUUGCUCUUAUAUAUGACACAUUAGAUUAUGCAAAAAAAUUUGAGCCAAAGUAUCGUCUCAUAAGGAAUGGCUUUGGUGAAAGAGCAAAAACAGGCAGGAAACAGAGGAAAGAACGGAAGAACAGAAUGAAGAAAGUAAGAGGCACGAAGAAAGCUAAAGUUGGUGCUGCUAGUGGUAAAAAGAAACAUUAAAGAGCACAUGGAACUUUACUUCUGCUUAUUCUUCAAGCUUUUCUAGCUGCUGCU